GCGUGUGAACGGGAGUUGAAUGCUACCGAAGAUGGGGAGUAGAAGAUAUGACUCCAGGGGAUGGGAUAGGUAUGGCAGCCGUGAUAUGAGUGGUUGGGAGAGCGGCGGGGAUGAGAGGCGUGAUCGAGGUAGGGAGGAGAGUCGAGAAAGAAGACCGAGUGACAGGAGAGGCGGCUCUGCGGACAACUUUGAUAGGAGAGGAUAUGAUGAAGGGGGAGUGAGGCAGGUAAGAUGCUACGAAUCCAACGAGAUGGGCCACUACAAAAGCCAAUGUCCGAGAUUGCAAGGACGAUUCAGGAGCGGAGGGCAAGGAGGAACGGUGGCGUUAAGUAAAGAGCUUAAAGAUUCGCUGAGUGCAGUGGGGAUGAUGGCGAAGCACCUGCUGGACAAGCAAAAGGAGGCCGAAGAAGCUAAGAGGGAAGCGGAGGAGAAGAGAAAGAGGGAAGAAGAGGAAAAAGCAGCAAAAGAGGAGGCAACGAGGGUUGAGAUGGCAAAAAAGAAGGCAAAGGAGGAGAAGGAGCAGAAAAGGAAAUGGGAGUUGAAGAAGUUGCUGGCGGAGCAACGCGAAGAAUACGAAGCAAAACUGGAAAAGAUUGUUCGAAGAGGUAUAAGAGGGGUUACGAUUAGGAAGAAGGAAACGGCCGUAGCCGCGCAAACACCGUCCUGCUCCGAAGACGAAGAAGAUGAAGUUGAGGGAACACCCAUGCCGGAUAAGCGGAAGAGAAGGGACUCUACGGGUGAGGUUGAGAACAGUCCCCCGGUGGUGACGCCACUGAAGCUUGGGAAGAAGGAAGAGUUGAGUACACCAUCGACUAAGAAGAAGGGUAGGGGCAGACCUACCAAAGCUGAGGCACAGGCGGGCAGGAUGGCUCGCGGAGAAGAUCCAGGGGAAGGUGUUCCAAUGGGAGAAAAGUUCCCAAGUGAAUCUGCCUACAGGAAGGCCGUUCGGAAAGCGCUGGGAUCGUUCUACCCGGAAACACUCCAGCUCAUGUGCAAAGGGGCAUGAGUGUCAUUCUACGGAGUCAAUGACGCCGUUGACAUAUUGGCUGAGCUCCGCAUCACCUUUUGUUUCAGAGGAAAUGCAGCACCGAGUUC